AAAUGGUUGGUCUUUCUCAUCAUAAAGUCAACUAAUACCAAACCCGUUGGUUAAUAAACCCUAAGUUACGUAUAGCUUCUUCUCUCCAUCGAAUCCAGCAACGACGACGAUGAUGAUGAUCUCUCGUCGAUUAGCUUCCAAGUUCCUUAAACCCUUGUCUUCCUCAUCCCUCAACUCAUCCCGCCACCACCUCCAUUCCUCUAUAAGAAACCAUCUGAUCCACGGAUCAGAAACUCAGGAUCUCAGUCUCUUGAGAUCCUUCUCUGCUUACCUCACCAAUCCCAGCACUAACAAUCUCCGAUCUCAGACAUGGCCAACGAGGUACCUCUCAACGACACAAAGCGGAGACGUCAAUCCGAAUCCACCAGAGGAGGAGCCGAAGAUGAAGCACCAGGAGAUCGAAGGACCAACGGUGGAACGCGACGUGUCGGCGCUAGGUAACGAGACGAGACAAGUGUUCGAAGGGAUGAUGAAGAACAUGUACAGUCUAAGUGGAGCCAUGGGUCUUCUCGGUUUAACUCAAUUGGUCGUCGGAGGCGCGGUUCUGUACUCCACUCGUUCGAAUCCGAUGCACGAGAUGACGAUUCAGAGCUGUAUAGCGUUUGGAUUCCCUUUCGCGAUGGCCUUGAUGCUGAGACGAUCGCUGAAGCCCAUGUAUUUCUUCAAGAAGAUGGAGGAAGCGGGGAGGUUGCAGAUUCUGACUUUGACUCUUCAGGUUGCGAAGAAUCUCAAUGUCUUGUUCGUUAGAGCUCGUGUUGUGUCCGUCUUGUGCGUUGUCGGCUUGUCUUGCGGAAACUUGUACCUCCUGUUGUCUCCAUGAAAAUGGAACAAUAGGACUACUUCAAAUACAUUUUUUCUUGUCUUUUUUCUUUUUUAAUAUCAUCCAUACAGAAAGAACCAUGUCAUUAAUAAAAAAGGAAUACGAAAUGAGAAAAUCCGACAAGGCAGAUUCUUGCU